AAAUAAUGUCCGGGUGAACAUACCAUGUCGGGUAGACGGCAAACUAAAAUGCAACCAUUUAUAUUUAGAGAACGGCAUAUUUUGGACAAAAUGACGAUACAACAGUUGCCAUCCGUAACUUAGUAAGUUAACAGUUAUGAUAUCCUGCAAGUGACUGAAUCUUAGCUAGCUUGUUUAAAGCUAUUUGAAAGUUGCCUUGCAUGUUAGUUUGUUGAAGUAGCCCACAGAGAUACACCAGGAUACACCUUGCUACCUAGUGAAAAUGAGUCUUCUAACUCGCACUACCGAGGGGUUCAGCGCCACUGAGUACUGGGAACGCUUCUUCAAGAAGAGAGGAGAGACUGCUUUUGACUGGUGUGGAGACAACAACAAACUCUGUGGCAUGCUGCUCAAAUACAUCAAACCUCGGGAUAAGAUCUUGGUGGUGGUCUGUGGUAACUCUGAGCUGAGUGAGCAUCUGUAUGAUGUCGGCUACAGACAUCUGACCAACAUUGACAUCAGUGAGACGGUGGUGAAUCACCUGACCUUCCAGAAGGUGGAUGCCACACAGACCCCCAAUGAGGACGGAAGCUACACUGGACAAGGGGACACUGGACACCAUGGCCUCCCAGGAGGAGGGGGUUCUAGCUGGGAGGAUACUGGCUGAGGAAUUUGUCACUUGACACUUCAGGUCUGCGGAAUCAGCUAAAUGUAUUCUGUCUGUCAUGUCUCCUCGAACCUCUGUCUGUCCCACCUUCCCUCUCUAGACGUCCUAGUGUCAGUGCUCCUGGUGGGGCUGGGUGGAGGAGGGCUGGAGCUGGACCCUGCAGUGCUGAACCUGAAGGUUGCAUGAGGAGAGGAGGAUGAGAUGGAUGAAAAGAGGGGAAGACCUUGUGAACAAGUAUCAUGAUCUCAUACUUUACUAUAUACAAAAUAAAAACAUGUACAGAUGUAGUUUAUGCAAACACUAUCAAUCAAGUAAAGAAUGUUUUAUUCUCAAA